AUGUUAUACUUGUUUGAUCAAGGACGUGUCAACAAAUUUUACAAUAUGUCAUUCUCAACAAAAAGCUACUCAAAAGAAUCGCGUUCGUCGUCGCACUAUUCUCGUUCGUCUUCGUAUCUUGCAAGCACAAAUAAUGGAUGCAGUUCGUCAUAUGCUUCUCAUUCAUUUAUCGACGAUCGGCCACUAAGUACUCGUUUAAUCGAACGAGAUUGUUCAUGUCCAUCACUUGCAUGGCAGUCGGAUUUCGACGAUCCGUUCUAUUUCGAUCGUUUACGUUGGCGAUUCGAUAAUGAUUUGUUUAAUUAUAAUUAUGGAUUAGGUCGUCCGAUUCCCAUCACCUAUCGACGAUGGAAUAAUUAUUCGACAAGAAGUAUACCGAUACAACGCAUCUCAUCGACGAGUAACGUUCGCCGGUAUAGGAAAUCAGAUAAUGAUGAUUAUUCAUCAAGUUUCAUGAAACAACAUGACGAAAGUUCUAUGAGACGGGAGAAUCGUAUCUCAUCUGAUAACUGGCCACCAAAGCGAGAACCUCCGACACGUAAGCGAUCAAGUAUGACAAUCUUCGUUCAACAGCCAUUUAUCGAUCAAUGCGACCUCCCAUACUAUCGUCAAACACCGCGUACACCAACUUAUCCUAAUUCAUCACGAUUUGAAUAUUAUUAA